CCCCCCCUGGAAACGCGACCACAUCCGAACAAAAGCGCCAGGAACUCCGCCCCCAAGCGCGUCGAUCGUCACAUUCCCCCACUCGCCACCCCGCACCACGCAGCAGCAACCAUGGUGCUCGAGGCCACGAUGAUCGCCAUCGACAGCUCCGAAUUCAUGCGCAACGGCGACUUCCUAGCGACCCGCUACGACGCGCAGAUCACGGCCAUGGAGUUUGUGUUCCAGAACAAGCUCAACGCCAACCCCGAAAACACCGUGGGCUUGUUGUCGUACGGCGGCAACGGCCCGCAGGUGUUGUCCACAUUGACGACCGAUUUCGGCAAGAUCUUGUCCGGCGCCCACGGCACCCGCAUCAGCGGCGACAGCCACUUUGCCAGCGGCAUCCAGGUGGCCGCGUUGGCGUUGAAGCACCGCCAGAACAAGGUGCAGAGCCAGCGCAUCAUUGCGUUUGUGGGCAGCCCGCUCCGCGAGUCCGACAAGGACUUGGACAGGUUGGCCAAGAAAAUGAAGAAGAACAACGUGGCCGUGGACAUCGUCAACUUCGGCGAGGAGAGCGCCAACACGGCCAAGUUGGAGCGGUUCCACGCGGCCGUCAACAACCACGACAACUCGCACUUGGUCACGGUGCCGCCGGGCCCCCGCUUGUUGUACGAGGUGAUUGCUAGCUCGCCGAUCUUGGUGGAAGACGGCUUUGACGUGGGCGACACGGGCGACUUCUUGGGCAUGGGCGCCGUGGACGCCAACAUGGACCCGGACUUGGCCUUGGCCUUGCGCUUGUCGUUGGAGGAGGAGAAACAGAGGCAGGAGCGCGAGGCCGCGGACGGUGCUUCGCCGCCCGCCGACUUGGGCCGGAUUGCCGAGGAGGCUGCGGGCCCGGACGACGCCAAGCACGACGACGCCAAGCCGAGCGGCGCCAGCUGAGCCGUGGGGCCGGCGUGCCGCCCGCCUGCAGGGACGUGUGGAGGCGUGGGCCUAGGCCAGCUUGCCGGAGAGGGCCCCCGAGUUGCAUGGGCCCACCGGGGCGUCCCAGGAAGGGCCGGCCGCGGGCCGGGUGUAUAGGGUGACUGCAAAUAGCCAACCACGCCCAGCCGGGGCCGAGCCUUUGGAACCGUGUCGUGCCCAUCCAGCUUGCAGAACACUGCUCAUGAGCUGAGCCCGUCAGAGUAGAUUUCGGUGGCGCAUAAUAUACCUCCCGGUAGGGGGUAUAUCCCGGCGUAGCCGGUAAUAUUUAAUCAACUCCUAAUAUAUAACAAAG